AUUUUUGUUUGAUGGUAUACUGUUUCCCAAAACCUGCUAUGUGAUAUGACGUUUGCAUACCCUUUUUCAGCAAAUGGCGAAAACUCUAAUCGUUGCUCUGAAGUCUAAGCUCAUAGCCCCGUUUUUUAUGGCUGGUUCUAAACAAUUUUCUUCAGGACCUGUUUCUCCUCUUCCUCCCACAGAGAUAAUCUGGCCUGGAUACUACUUUGGCCGUGAACCUUUUGGGCCAGCACAUGGCGUUCAAGUUUCAAAUGGUUCUGAUGGACUGCCAAAGUUUGUGAAUUGGCUUCAAGUGCCUGGAGCUGUUUCUCAGUGCGAAAUCCAACUUAAGUGUGAAGCGAGCUACAUCAUUGUUGGUCUUCGCAGUAUUUCUUCUUUGAACUAUUUGACUAACAAAGCAAGUAUCCACCUUUCGGCCCAACAUAUAUUAGAUGGGAAUACUGCGACCAAUCAUGGCUGCGAAGGUGGAUGGACAGAGAAUGUCUUUGACUGACACCAGAAAUGGUGGGGUCGUAUCUGAGACUGAUUACCCCUACCGUGGUAUCAGAGGUCCCUGCAAGGCUGUUGAGGCUGCGGGAGUUACUAUUGCUAACUGGGCGGCUGUAGAACCGACGGAAGAAGCUGUGAAGUAUGCAGUUGCUUACCAGCCUGUUGUGGCAUCUAUCUACACUAACAGCAAAUUUAGGAGAUACAUCAAGGGUUUUCUUGAAGUUCCUCGCAAUCCUGGUCCAGUUAACCACUCUGUGCUUCUACUCGGAUAUGGUGAGUGUCCACUACAGGGCGAAUGCUGGAUCGGCAUGAGUUCGUACCGAAACCGAAGGCGAUGGGGCAUAACAUGGCGGGGCCAGUACCGUAACAUCUUCUUUCUACCAAGGAACACGUGUCAUGUGGAGGGGGCUCUCAGAGUCCUAACCAAUGUUGUUCUUCCCCUGGGAGGGGGCUCUCAGAGCUGCCCUGCCUGUUUCAAGUGGGUGGGCUUACGGUGGACUGCUAAUGCUGUUGGUGGCUCGUCACACUCCAGUGUUUCUAUUGGUUUGUGUUCUGUUUGGAAUCUGUGCUACCUGCUUCAAUUGGCUCGAGCUCUUUUUGCUGAUUUGUGAUACGAUGUUUUUGUUUGGAGUCUGAGCUACCAGUUCAAUUGGCUCCGUGCUCUUUUUGAUCAACUUAUGAUCCGAUGCUGCACUUA